CUUGGCAUUAACAACAUAAAGUAGGCCUACUACUACAAUAAAGUAUCUUAUUGAUGGCCUACGGGAAUUAGUGGAACGUUAACCUUUCGUCCACAGGUUGUUCAGCAGGGGAGAAAAAUAAUAAUUUGCGAUAGGCUAGUAGACCUAAACAAAUAGUAGUCUGUAUUAGACAUAGACAAAACCCCAGAUUAGACAGGAUUCCACUGUAAACCAACCCCAAAUUCGCAUUAGGCAGGAUCUUGGUGUAGGCUACGCUUUCAAGCUGUUUGCUGAAUAUAAAGAUGAAGGUGUUUGAUUGAAAAAAUCGAUCGUGUCAUAAACAUGUAAUUGUUCUGGGUCUGAGUAACUGCACACCGCAUUUUAAAUGUAGCCUACGCCAAGAAGUUCAUGAAGUUCAACUGCAAGAGCGGACCAUUCGCAAACGAGCCAUCACUUCCUCAAACUCAUAAGGACUUCUGCCUUGACUUUUUUCUGGUUAAGAGAAUUACAGAAAAGGACCGUAGGUUGUCUGGAUCAAGAUACAGUUAAAGGGCUCUGAGACGGAAAGGGAUUAGAAUGCAGAGCAUCAAGUGUGUGGUGGUUGGGGAUGGUGCGGUGGGUAAGACCUGUCUGCUGAUCUCACACACCACCAGCGCUUUCCCUAAUGAGUACAUCCCCACGGUGUUUGACAACUACAGCUCCCAGGUGACAGUGGACAACAGGACAAUUAGCCUCAACCUUUGGGACACUGCUGGACAGGAGGAGUAUGACCGUCUACGCACCCUCUCCUAUCCCCAAACCAACGUUUUUGUCAUCUGCUUUUCCAUCGCCAGCCCGCCUUCCUAUGAGAAUGUCAAGCACAAGUGGCAUCCAGAGGUUACCCAUCAUUGCCCAAAUGUGCCCAUUCUUCUUGUUGGCACCAAAAGCGACCUGCGCAACGAUGAAGGAGUCCUGAAGAAGUUGAAGGACCAGAACCAGACAACCAUCACCCAAGCACAGGGCGCUGCCCUGGCCAAGCAAAUCCACGCUGAAGUACCUGGAAUGCUCUGCCCUCAACCAAGAGGGAAUAAAACAGGUGUUUGAUGAAGCUGUGCGUGCUUUUCUCAAUCCACAACCACUACCGACCAAAAAAACAUGUACAAUAUUAUAGUGACAAUAGACAGAACC